UAAUCGGCAGUGUAAUUUGAUGAUUCUCAAUACCAGCUUCAAAACCACAACAAAUAAUAACACAAAUUAAUAUAUUAAUUAUGAAAGAAUUAAGUAAUUAUUCAAGACUUGUAAACAAUCAGUAAUAAAAUAACAAUAAAAAACAACAAUGACCACUUAAAAACAGAAAUAGAUUAAAAAUAAUAGAACAAAAAAUACAAAUGAAGAAAAUUCAGUGCUUUUUAACAGCUUUAAAAGUUUUUAACAGCAAUAUCAAGUAUUCAAGGAAACAUUCAGAAUGAAAUGCAACAUAAAAGUACUACUGGUCUUUACUGUAUGAUUAUAAUACAUUAAUACUUUUUAAAGCUACUAAAGUAAUUCAGUCAAGAGCAGAGAGUGUGUUCUCGUUUUCUUGUUCUGGUUGUUUGAUUAUUAUAAUACACACUAGACAGCAGCAGGUCUAUUAGCUUACAUUUAUACUUACAAGUCCGACAUUUUAAUAUAAAUCCGCUUUUUCUCCACUGUUUACAUUCACUUUAGACAUCACUCUCUGUGUUUACAUGAAUACCUCACCAAGACGGGCAUUUUGAUGGAAUUUUGAAAUGUAUUUGACCGUUCAGGUGCACAUUAGCGCGAGCAUUUUUGGAACACAUGCAUGUUCAGCACACACAUACACCAUCUGUCAAUCAAACAGGGUGCAGAUGUUACUAGAUCGCUUGCGAAUUCUAAAAUUAUGUGCUCUUGAUUACUUUCAACAGCAGAAUACGAAUAUUAACUUUCUAAUAAGUGACAAAGGCCUUUGCUAUCACAAAUAUAGCUGGUUAUUUUUUUAUUAUUGAUGUUUUAAUCAGUCUGCUUGUCCGGUCCGGCAAGUAAAAUUCUCUUUCAAUUGCCUCUUAAAAAAUCCACAUGUCCUGGACCAGCAUUAAUGUCGAGCCCUGCUUGAUUAGCCAACAACACAUGCAGUCAUGUACACGCAACAAACUGUGUUCCUUUAUCAGUGUAAAGGCUAUAAAUGGCUUAUGAAAUACCUGAUCGACGUGGGUAGGUUUUUGCCCAUUACGCCGAUUUUAAGAGCCAUGUAAACACCUUAACCGGUGUUCUUACCAGCUCAUCCAAUGUGUGCACGUUGAGCACAUGCCUCUUCUUGAUUUGCGUGGAAAGUACAGAAUAACAUGAUUAUUUCAAAUGUCAUGUAUAUGUGGAUUUCUUGCCUUGUCAGAUUUUUUAAAUAAGCUGAUUUUAGAGAGUAAUCAGCGUAUUGGUGUACAUGUAAACAGACUCAUUGACAAUUUUGUAUCCCAGUUUUCAUAAAUAAUCCAAAUUAGAUUUUUUAUGUCAAAAAAUUCUAAACAUGCUUGAGUGCGCCUCACACUGUUUUGUGAAGGAAUUUACAGAUAGUGACUGAGUGACACUGUCAGAUUAGGCCCUCAUUUUCACCUCACAAUAAAGGUAAGAUAUAAUUCUUCUUUUAUUUAUGAUUGUUGGUACACCUAAAUUACUAACAUAAAAUUAUCUUCAAUCUUAGAACUAAACCGUCGGUAGAGGUUAAUUAAAGCUACACUAUGUAACUUUUGGCCCUCUAGUGGUUAAAAAAUAAAACUGCAUACGUCUUGCGGAAGAACAUUGUUUUGGUAAUUAUUCAAGUUGUGCUUUGGCUCUAAUCCUCUGCGCGGAUGAAUGUGGUUCGAAGCGUACGCAUGUAUACAGGACAUCUUAUCGAAUGGACAAAUAAAUACCGAAAGAAAGGAAAAGAUGGAUAUCCGAAAACAUGUGAUCUGAGCAGUGAUCAACAUCAUCACAAGACUCACAUGUCCUUGGCAUGUCUCGGACUAAAGGAUUUAUUUAUAUAAAUUAUUGCCUUUAUAAAGAAAAAUACACACAUGUGUAUUGUGUGUAUUUGUACUCACAUGACUGUGUGGCAACACAUUGCUCCAAUGCCAUCAUUAAGUUUGCUGAUGACACGACGGUGGUAGGUCUGAUCACUGACAAUGAUGAAACAGCCUACAGAGAGGAGGUGCACACUCUGACACACUGGUGUCAGGAGCACAACCUCUCCCUCAACGUCAGUAAGACAAAGGAGCUUGUGGUGGACUUCAGAAGAAAAGACAGAGAACACAGUCCCAUCACCAUCAAUGGAGCACCAGUGGAGAGAGUCAGCAGCUUCAAGUUCCUGUGUGUCCACAUCACUGAGGAACUCACAUGGUCCGUCCACACUGAAGUCGUUGUGAAGAAGGCUCAUCAGCACCUCUUCUUCCUGAGACGGCUGAGGAAGUUUGGAAUGAACCGUCACAUCCUCACAUGGUUCUACACCUGCACUGUGGAGAGCAUCCUGACUGGCUGUAUCUCCGCCUGGUACGGCAAUAGCACCGCCCACAACCGCAAAGCACUGCAAAGGGUGGUGCGAACUGCCAAACACAUCAUUGGAGGUGAGCUUCCCUCCCUCCAGGAAAUAUAUACAAGGCGGUGUGUGAAAAAAGCUCGGAGGAUCAUCAGAGACUCCAGCCAUCCGAGCCAUGGGCUGUUCUCACUGCUACCAUCAGGUAGGCGGUAUCGCAGCAUCAGGACCCGCACCAGCCGAAUCCAUGAUAGCUUCUUCCCCCAAGCAAUCAGACUUUUGAACUUUUGAUCUCCCACAAUCAAAAUACAUCAGCCCUGCACUUUAUUACUCCUUUAUCUCACACCGGACUGUCAUAAAUUAUAUUACUAUUAUUAUAUGAUGUCUCUUUUAACAACUGACUAUCAACCGACAGCCUGAAUGUCAAUACAGUACAAUACUGUACAUUCUAUAUAUAUAUAUAUAUAUACUUUUUUUUUAAUAUAUAUUUUAAUUUUUAAUUUUUAUUGAAUAAUG